UGGCGAGGCGGGAGGGGUGGGAGCGCAGCCCCCAUGGGCGCGGGGGAGGGGUGGGACCUGCUGCUGGGCCUGGCCUUGACCCUGUGCGGAGCUGCGGCCGACCCAGCAGAAAGGCAGUGGCGGGCAGUGGAUGUGGUCCUGGACUGCUUCCUGGUGGAGGAAAGCAGACACCUUGGAAGUCUUGCUAGCAGCAGGACCAUGGAGGACGCCCUGCUCGUGCUGAGGCAGGUACCAGUGCUGGACGAUGGCUCCCUGGAAGCCUUCACCGAUUUCCAAGGGGACACACUGGCCAAAGACACGCCACCUGUUACCUUCGAGGCCUCAGUGAACUUGGUACAGAUUCCCCAGGCCGAGGCCUUGCUCCAUGCUGACUGCAGCGGGAAGAAGGUGACCUGUGAGAUCUCCCACUAUUUUCUCCAGGCCACUGAGAAGACAGUUUCGUUCAUCACCAACGUGCAGGUACCCGGAGGGGGACCUAGUGUCUCCAUGGUGAUGAAGGUUCUCAGGGACGCUGAGAAUGGGACUGUCUUGCACCCCACACUGAAGCUGCCCCUGAGCCCCCAGGGGAUGGUUCAGACUGCAGUGGAGCUCCAAGUGACAACACAGACCCCAUCGCUGAGUUUCCUGCUGGGGUCCUCAGCCUCUCUGCACUGUGGCUUCUCCGUGGCCCCAGGCUUAGACCUAACUGGCGUGGAGUGGCGGCUGCAACAUAAGGGCCACGGCCAGCUGGUGUACAGCUGGACCACGGGGCAGCACCAGGCCAAGCGGGAGGGUGCCACGCUGCAGUCGGAGCAGGUACUCCUGGCUGGGGAUGCCUCCCUCACCCUGCCUAGCCUCACUGUGAAGGACGAGGGGACCUACAUUUGUCAGAUCACCACCUCUCUGUACCAAGCCCAACAAAUCAUCCACUUCCACGUCCAAGCUUCCCCCAAAGUACGACUGAGCUUGGCAAACAAAGCUCUGCCACCCAGCCUCAUCUGCAGCAUCACUGGCUAUUAUCCUCUGGACGUGACUGUAACAUGGACCCGAGAGGAGCCAGGUGGAGCCCCAGCUGCAGUCUCUGGGGCCUCCUUCUCCAGCCUCCGGCAAAGCCCAGUGGGCACCUACAGCGUCUCCUCCUUCCUGAAGGCAGAACCUGGCCCUGAAGGCACCACUUACACCUGCCAGGUCACCCACGUCUCCCUGGAGGAACCCCUUAGGGCCAGCACCUGGGUUGGUCCACCAGAGCAGGAAACGACCUUUGGAGUCCUCUUUGCCAGCAGCCUCUUCCUUCUUGCGCUGUUGUUCCUGGGGCUUCAGCUCCCUCACCGAGGCCUGCCGAGACGCUGAGGCCCUCUGGGUAACCACUCUCCUGCCUCAGUAAGAAGGAGUAGCCACGUUCUCCCAGAAGGACCCUAGCUAGUGUCAGAAGUCAAAAAGGCCUGAAGAAAGGCAUGAGAAGGCACAGGUCACAGGAGCUCUGGCUCUGUGCACGUCUCUGUCUGCCUUCAUUGUGUCCCUGGGCUGAACACCAACGGAGAAAACAUGAAGAGGUUGGGAGGGUGGUAGGAAGGCAGAGUGUCUGGGUGGAGGUUAAAAACAAGCCUGUGGUAGGAAAAGCAACUGGGAAGAUGUUAGGAAAGGAGCAAGUGAGGGGCGGUGGGGCAGAGGGUGGGGGUUGGACCAUCACACACAAGCCUCUGAACUCUAAAUAAAACUCCUUGUGUGCUCAGAAAC